AUGAGAAAAGCAAGGCAGGUGCCUGAAAGACCAAAGAAAGAGCGCUCUAUGACCAAAGAAUCAAUGAGAAAAGCAAGGCAGAAGCCUGAAAGACCAGAGAAAGAGCGGCUUAUGACUAAAGAAUCAAAGAGAAAAGCAAGGCAGGUGCCUGAAAGACCAGAGAAAGAGCGCUCUAUGACAAAAGAAUCAAUGAGAAAAGCAAGGCAGAAGCCUGAAAGACCAGAGAAAGAGCGGCUUAUGACUAAAGAAUCAAUGAGAAAAGCAAGGCAGGUGCCUGAAAGACCAGAGAAAGAACGCUCUAUGACAAAAGAAUCAAUGAGAAAAGCAAGGCAGAAGCCUGAAAGACCAGAGAAAGAGCGGCUUAUGACUAAAGAAUCAAUGAGAAAAGCAAGGCAGGUGCCCGGAAGACCAGAGAAAGAGCGCUAUAUGACCAAAAACUCAAUGAGGAAAGCAAGGCAGAAUCCUGAAAGACUUGAGAAAGAGCGGCUUAUGACUAAAGAAUCAAUGAGAAAAGCAAGGCAGGUGCCUGGAAGACCAGAGAAAGAGCGCUCUAUGACCAAAGAAUCAAUGAGGAAAUGUAGGCUUAUUCCCAAAUAA